CAUAGCAUCAUUGUAUAUUUGUAUAACCCUUCAUAAUAGUACGGAGUACCUUAUACUAAGCAUUUUAUAAAACAAAUCUUUUGAUUUUUGAAUCAUGUUUUAUCAAAUCUCCCUCUCAUCGCAAACCCAAUCUUGCAUGCCUUAUCAAGCGUUGAUGCAUUGUAGAGUCACCAACCCAAGCUUUCUAUUAAAAUCAAAAAGCGCCAAGCAUGGCAAGUGUGGCUACAUGAAACGUCACGCAACAAUCACAAACUUGUGGACUAAAGUACCCCGCAAUACCAAUAUGGAGAAUUUACGUGACAAUUAUUUGUUUCCAGAGAUAUGCAUGCGAGAGUUGGAGCAUCUAAAGAAGUAUCCCCAUGCAAAAUUGAUUAGACUCGGAGUAGGAGACACAACUCAACCUAUUCCAUACACUAUUUCUUCAGUAAUGUCUCAGUAUGCACAAGAUUUAUCAACUAUUGAAGGUUACAGUGGCUACGGAGCAGAACAAGGCAAUACGGAGUUGAAGAAGGCAAUUGCUGAAACAUUUUAUAAAAAUACGGGUAUUACGAGUGAUGAAAUUUUCGUAUCGGAUGGAGCACAAUGUGACAUUUCUCGGCUACAGAUGCUGUUGGGAUCCAAUAUAAGUGUAGCCGUACAAGACCCUACAUUUCCGGCCUAUGUGGAUUCAAGUGUAAUAAUGGGCAAAGCAGGCAAUUAUCAAGAAAGAACUGGGAAGUACAAUAGCAUUGUGUACAUGAGUUGUGGACCUGAUAACAAUUUCUUUCCGGAUUUAAACAACACCCCAAGAACAAAUGUCAUUUUCUUUUGCUCUCCUAAUAAUCCAACAGGCUAUGCUGCCUCUAGAAAGGAAUUAGAGCAGCUUGUUGAUUUUGCAAAGAAUAAUGGCUCAAUCAUCAUUUAUGAUUCUGCUUAUGCUACUUAUAUCAUGGAUGAUAGCCCUCGAUCGAUCUUUGAAAUUCCCGGUGCUAAUGAGGUUGCAAUUGAAGUAUCUUCUUUCUCAAAGUUUGCUGGAUUUACAGGAGUAAGAUUAGGAUGGACAGUAGUUCCUAAAAAUCUAUGCUAUUCAAAUGGCUUCCCUGUUAUCCAUGAUUAUAAUCGUAUCGUAUGCACUUGUUUUAAUGGUGCCUCUAACGUCGCUCAAACUGGUGGACUAGCUUGCCUUUCUCCUCAUGGUUACGAGGCCUUACGCUCUACAAUCAAUUAUUAUAUGAACAAUGCGGAAAUGAUGGUAGAAUUAUUUACAUCAUUCGGAUUAAAAGUGUAUGGUGGUAGAAAUGCACCAUAUCUUUGGGUACAUUUUCCAGGCUCGAAAUCAUGGGAUAUAUUCAAUGAGAUACUUGAGAAAACACAUAUAUUAACAGUUCCAGGCAGAGGAUUUGGUUACAAAGGUGAAGAGUUCAUUCGAAUUAGCGCCUUUGCUCCGAAAGAAGCUAUAUAUGAAGCAUCCAUGAGACUGAAGAACCAUUUUCAUGACACUAGUGAUCGAUAUGUCCUCCAUUGUUAAUGUAUAUAAGUCUUUACCCGGAUUGCACUUUUACUAAUUUGGAUAUUACAAUAGCUUUCCAAUAAUCACAUAGCAUUUAUAAUGUAUCAAAAUGUGAAAAGAUGCUUUUAGCAUGAAUUAAUAAUAAAUAAAUAACAAUAAUAAUAAGAACACUAUCAAUCUCAUUUGAAAAUGAGAUUCCUUAAAUUAUAUUGCUAUUGUAUGAGAUUUUUUGUAAAAGUUUAAUCUCCAUAAG